AUGGCCAGUGGGUUGCCUAUAAUCCCACUACCUCGCCUCCAGCUGUUCACAAUGUUCGCUAUGCAGCAUAUUGAUGUGGCAAACAAUGUCCCCUCGCAUCGUCCACGGGUUAACGCUGCCCAUACCCCAUCCGCAAAUAUAACGGGUCUUGUCGACCACAACUCGCGGUCAUUGAAUGGUGGCGCUCACGCUCCAUUUCUCCAAGAUGCUGUCGAUAUGCACGCCAUGACUCGACAUGAUACAGAGAAUACACCACUCAUAUAUAACCAUUCCGCGCGACGAACAAUGUCAUCAAACGUUAACGAAACCCAAAAGGCCUAUCUCCACCCAUUUCUUGCGACGCCAUCCGUACCACUGAUAUACGACCUGCGAUUCCCCCCUACAUCUCUUGCAUUCCCAUCGACGUCUCCAUAUGCAGGCUGCGGGUAUGAGCUGCUCUUCGUCCCACUUACCCCGGAACGGCCUAGACAGAUACGGCUCAUCAGCCCAGAUUUCCCCUGGGCAUUUGACAUCGGUCCUGACCCCAGUGCCGGAGAAGAGGGUGUGACGUGUCUUGAUGUUCUCACUACCCUGCACGCUGCAUUACAGCGCCCACUCACGGAUACAGAGUGGGGCACCGCUGGAUAUGACAGACGUGCGAGUCUUAUCAGAGCGCGUGAUCGUCGCUCAAUGAUACAACCUGUGUUGCAGGGGAGCUCGCAUUCUGCAGCAUGCAUUGCGCCAGCGGCGAGACCUGUACCUGGCGCUAAUGUAGUAGAUCAUAGGCUCGUGCAGCGAGAGCUGCUUCUGCUCCGCAUCGAUUGGCUUGGAUCUCGUGUUGCUUUUGUGGGGCUUAUCAAGGAUGAGGCAUUUGCGAGGAGCAGACUCAUUCCGAGUGGUAGGGAGCCACCUGAGACUUGGGUGGUGAAGUUCAAGAAGUUGUGA